CUAAACCCGCUCCCCGCCACCCCCGCCCGGCCCCGAGCGGCGCUCCCGUCUGGCAGCCGCGGCGCUCGGCGGCGCCUCUCCUGCGUGCGCUCCAGUUGGUACGGCCCACCGCGGGGAUCAUGGCGAUUGAUGGUGGAGAACGAACCUGUGGUGUACAUGAGCUAAUCUGCAUUAGAAAAGUAUCUCCUGAAGCAAUUGGAUUCCUGUCUGCAGUUGGGGUAUUCAUUAUCCUCAUGCUGCUGCUUUUCCUAUAUAUUAAUAAGAAGAUGUGUUUUGAAAAUGUUGGUGGUUUCCCUGAUCUUGAUUCAGGAUACCCUACGAGAAAGAAUUCACAAGAUAAGCUGUGUUAGAAUAAAAAUACAUGUUCCUUCCUCACACAGUUGUCUUAUUUUUGAGAAUAAUGGAUUUUAUUGUGGCUAGUUGAUGCUGCAGAUGAUGAAAGACUGUCAUUUUGCUGGUUGAUUAUGGAUUCGUUUCAAGAUAUUUAUUUAUGCUGCUUUCUUAUUGUUUUCAAUGCAUAUUGAAUGGAAAACGCAAAGCAGCAGCCUCCCCUGGUAAAUGUAGUGAGUUUGAGGUAGCAAAAGCAAAUAGCUAUGAAAUAGAACUUGAAGAAAUGGAGUUGAUCUGUUUAUGAAACAGAAGAUCUUUCUGUACGUUUUUUUUAUUUUUUAUUUUUUUGCUGCUGAGUAAAUUGGAAAAAUGGCAUUUUUCAGAAACUUCCACCAAAAUCUGAGCCUUCCUUCUGUGUCUUCUCUGGUGGACACUCUUAGCAGCGCUGUAGAUGAUCUGACCAGUGUUGUUGGAGAAGUUGGUUAUAGUGUAGCCGAUUCAGUAACAGAACAGGUAACAAACAUGAUAAAUGGCCUUCGUGCAGAAGAUGAGAGCUCCAAAAUGCGGAAUGAUAAACCAGCACAAGACAGAGAAGAAAAUGCACCAUGGUUAACUGAGCCUAAGGAAAUUAAUACUAAAGCCAAGAGGGAUAUUGCAGAACAGAAGGAGAUUCAGUAUUCCAAUUCCUUAGAAGACAGAAAUCAAGAUGGAGUAUUCAACCAUGUUGUGGGUGAAAACCAGUUCCAAUUAAAAGGCAAAGAUAGUAAUGAUUGCUUAGAAGAUACAGAAGUACCUUGGGAUUUUAAGAACGUAGGAAGACCUCUUAAAAGGGAAGUAGUAGGAGGAAAUGACUAUUUUGAAAAUGAUAAGUUACUGAAGGAUAGUAGCCUGAAAAAUAAUAAAUUUACAAUGCAGGAGUCUGUUGAGAAUCAAGAUAGUUGCCUACAUACAAUACCUGAUAAUUCUGAGAAUCACUGGCAUCACAAAAUCAAGCCAUGUUCUCAUGGAAUUGAUUGUAAUGACUCUGAAGAAGUCCGUGGUAUGAAUGUUCCUCGAGAUUUAGAAACAAAAUUUGUUGAAGUACAGAAGCAAAAAUUAUCAGACUCCAGUUUGAAGAUACACAAUAAUCACCCCAGUUGCAUUAAUGAAAUCAAAGAGAAGUCUGAAGCCUUUUUUGACAGGAAAGAAAAAUCUGAAGAUGAUGCAUCACCUACUGUUGCAAAAGUAGGUUACAAGAAAAACUCAAAGAAAUCAGAAAAGAAAUCAAGAGGGCUGUGUAAUAAGAAGACAGCAGGAAAAGACAACUCUUAUAUGAGUAAAGAUCAGCAUGGUUCAUCAUCUGAGAGUGAAGAUGAAGCACUGGGUAAAUAUCAUGAGGCCUUGUCUAGAACCCAGAGUUCCAGGCUGCCAGUGGUGGAUGGCAGACAGCAAAAAAACUAUGUAUGGGAAACCAGGCAAAAAUAUAGCCCCCUGUCUGCAGAAUAUGAUGGAUACAGUAGUGAAGCCUCAAUAGAUGAAGCUAACUGCAUUCAGAGAAUGAGAAGAACGCCUCCACUAGAUGAACUGCAGCCACCUCCAUAUCAGGAUGAUAGUGGUUCUCCUCAUCUGUCGUGUACACCUUCUGAAGUUGGAGACAGUAAAUGUGAAUUUUCCCAGUGUAGCAACAGUCCAAGAUGUUCGUAUAAGUGUCCAAGUGAGGGAAGCACAGGACAUGAAAUAGAAAGCUUCCAUAACAAAGGAUAUGAAGAGGAUGUACCAAGCGAUAGUACAGCUGUCCUUAGUCCAGAGGAUAUGUCAGCUCGAGGAUCAUCUUCACAGCUUCCUAAACCUUUUGAUCCUGAGCCAGUAGCUAAAUAUGGCACACUGGAUGUGACUUUUGACUAUGACUCACAGGAACAGAAGCUUUUGGUGACAGUGACAGCUGUCACAGACAUUCCCACAUACAGCAGGACAGGUGGAAGCUCGUGGCAAGUACACCUAGUUCUUCUCCCCAUAAAGAAACAGAGAGCGAAAACCAGCAUCCAGCGGGGACCGUGCCCUGUCUUCACGGAGACAUUCAAAUUUAAUCACGUUGAGUCUGAGAUGAUUGGGAAUUAUGCAGUUCGCUUCAGACUCUACAGUGUACGUCGCAUGAAAAAGGAGAGGAUUGUGGGAGAAAAGAUUUUUCACUUAACAAAAUUGAAUCUUCAAGGGAAGAUGUCAGUGCCAGUGAUAUUGGAACCUUCUUACAGUCUGUCUGGUUGUGACUCUCAAAUGAGCAUGUCAGAAGUAUCCUGCAGUGAAAGUACCUCCUCUUGUCAGUCUCUGGUGCAUGGCUCAGCUCCAGAAAUCCUCAUUGGCCUCCUUUACAAUGCUACAACUGGAAGAUUAUCAGCAGAAGUGAUAAAAGGCAGCCACUUCAAAAACUUGGCAGCAAACAGACCACCCAAUACCUAUGUUAAAUUAACACUCCUGAACUCCAUGGGGCAAGAGAUGUCCAAAUGCAAAACUUCAAUCCGACGAGGACAGCCAAAUCCAGUAUACAAAGAAACCUUCGUUUUCCAAGUGGCGCUGUUUCAGCUCUCGGAUGUAACGCUCAUAUUGUCUGUAUAUAAUAAGCGCAGCAUGAAACGAAAAGAGAUGAUAGGGUGGAUAUCCUUAGGUCUCAACAGCUCAGGAGAAGAUGAACUCAACCACUGGACUGAAAUGAAAGAAUCUAAAGGACAGCAAAUGUGCAUGUAUACCUGCCAUUAACAUCAGUGAGAGGAACCUAUGGGAUCAUCAGGAGAGAAGACCUGACCCUGAAAGUGUUACGUGUGAUACGAUCAGUAGAUUAGAGGAGUGAUACAGCAUGGCACCUGCAGCACAGGCAGAUGAGAUUCCAGUGAUGAAUAAUGUCAGAAAAACAAAUAUCAAGGUACCACCACAAAUUCAUUAUUUAGUCCUUUACGUAUCUCUUAUUUUUGUUUCUUCUCUUCCUAUGGAUAUAGCUUAAAUACUUAAUAGUAAAAAUGUUCAAGCAAUCACCAAACAUCUUGAUUGCUUGGGCUGGAAUAUUCAGCAAAGUUUAUUGUUAGAACAAGCUGUCAGUAAGUUUCUAUUUUGUUGGUCUACUUAGUGAGUAGCCAGAUCUUGUAGUUUAUCACAGCUGUGUUUCAGACUACUUUGUUCUGGUAGUAAUUUUUGAGGGGAAAGUCACUGGAGCAUUUGUUUCAGUGAAAUGAUACCUGAUGAAGAGAUGUCUUCUGAGACUGAAAGCAUUAAAAUAAGAAAUGGCUUCACACAGUGGUAGACUCCAAUUCCACUUGUGGAGCUUUGUGGUCCUUGGAGGGCCCUUUUCAUAGAAAGUGUCAUGUGCAUUAUAGGAGUGUAUACAUGCAAAUCUGCACAUGCUGCUCUUUGUGGGAUCCCCAGGGCUUUUAACCUAGCAUAUUUUACAGAGAAAAGAAGAGUAGGUAAGUGUUUAUGUGCAGGGUGAGUACAAACUGGCCUACAGUGAUGUGGAUUAGUUUAGCCUUAAGAACUUACCACUGCCCCUCCUUAAGUUCAAGCAGGGUUUCUUCCUUUCUGCAGACUAUGCAGAAAUCUUAAGCACUUAAUGUAUUUGUUUGUGUUAUGCCUACCUGAAUAUGGCACAACUGUUCUAAUGUUAGCAAGCUUAGUGCAUAUUUGACAUGGUGUGUCUGAACUAAUAGUUGGUCUGAUACUUACUAGACCAGGUCUUGCUGUGCAGGGUUUUGCUUGUAUAAUAUAGAAUAAAAUCUGUGUAGGGAGGAAUAGGCCAGGAUUUAGGGAAGUGGAUAGUAUUGCCGCUUUAGGGAUGAAGACCAAGAAACAGCUAUACCCAGAAAGUGGGCAAUCAUUUGCUUCUUGGAAGCAUCUGCUGAUAGCGCUGGUACAGUCCUGCCAAAAGCUGCCCGUCUCUGAGGAUAACACUCAGGAGAGCAGAAGCAGUAAUGCUGUGCUACAUGGAAUACCUCGUGGACAUUCAGGGAUGUAAUUGAUGUCAUCCUCUUUCUCUUAUAUAUGAGGAGUUUUGCCCAUUGUAUCAAGUUAAUUCCUUUGCUGUGUUUUGCAAAUUCUAUGGGCAAUCACUGCAUGCCUGGGGUUUAAAAUGGAAUUGCUUUAUAACUUUUAAUUCAUUUUCAAAGCAUGAUUUUGAAUUUUCAGGAUUAACCAGAAGCAUUAUCAUAGCUUUAAGAUGUAAGGUAAUUUCUUGGCCAUAAUGCGAGCAAAGGGCAGGGCUUUGAACAAGUUUUGAUAGGAAAUUUUGCAAAUGGCUUAUUGUGACAUUUUAAGAAAAUUUCUAAGCAGUUGAAUGUAUUAGGGCAUAUUUACAAAAAAAAAGGAAAAAAAAAAAAAGGAAAUAGAGCGAUGAUCUUUUUUUACUACACAGCUAAUUUGCUGUCCUUUCCAGUAAACCACAAGGUUCAUUAGUGCUCCGUACUGUUUUGUUUAUGAUGAUAACUGUUUUUAAUGUGAUUUUCCUGACAAAGUGUAAUUAGUGAAACCUUUUAUUCAAUUUUUCCCUUUCUUUGCUUUUUUUAAGGAGAAAUUUCUCCUUAUAUAGUAUAUAUACUUUCUUACAGAGCUUUCUUACCUAUUUUUCUAUAAGAUGAUUUAACAAUCUGAAAUUAAAUGCUCUAUGAGCAAGCUAUAUCACUGUUACACAAUCUAAAGUGCUAAUAUAAUGACUAAGGGCCUGAACCUACUGCCUUUCACUCAGGUUUUGGUUUAACCACACUUUUUUCACGUUGUGUAGUACCUUUCCCCAUAAGCAGCUCCAUCUAUUUCUCUGGAGUGACUCAGAGAAAGGUACUAUUAACAUGAGUAACAGUGGUAAAACUGAGCCUCCUCUCCAUUCUUAGCGGGACAUCUGUCGUGAGUAAAGGCUGCUGGCUCUGUCCCAAAAGUGUAGUUAUAGAUUAUAGUUCCCUUGAUCUUCAGUAAUUUUGAACGUGUUUUCUGGUGACUAUAAGCUAAUAACUGAUUGUAGUGAAUACAAAUAUUGAAUUGUGCUGUUGUCAGCGAGGUUAUUAAAAUGUGCUUCACAUUUUAAUUCAUUCAUUGGGAUAUAAGUAAUUGGGUUUGUGAAGCAUUAUAUUACAUAGAGAUAGCACACAUUCACCACAUUUUUAAUAAGUGUAUGAAAUAAAUGGUAUGUAGCAUUUUCUUGCAUACUUUUAUACUGCCUGUACGCCACCGAUGCACUCGGUGCCUUGUUUCUUAUGAGACCAAUAUGUAGAGAAACUAAUGUAUCACAUGUAAGCAAUGUUACUGCAACACAAGAGCUCUCUUCACCUGAUUAUCCCUAGAAUGGGAGGUUUCCAAUAGCGGUACAGUUUGAUGCAAUGCAUUUCCUUGAGAUUUAGGCUUUCCCCUUUCCUCCCUCAUCCCGCCUUUCCAGAAACCUCCUCACACGACUGUUCAUCCCCAGCUGAUUCCCGUGUCUGAUGUAAGUCACAUGAUGUUAACCAAAGAACCAAGGCUGUUUCUAAUUCUUCAGACAAACAAUGUUUUGACUCGCCGUUAUUUAAAGACAGAAAUGACAUAAUAGAUCUUUUUGAAGAAAUAUAAAAUGAGCUUCUGUAAAUGUGACUCACAGCUGAGAAUUUGAGAUACCUCUUUUCUGACUGGUUGUAUCAGUAGCAAUGUGCUUGAUUUCUAUUUCUUUGUGUUUUUUAAUCAAAGCCACAUCACAAAAAGAUAAGUCAGUGCUGUCAAAUUAGCUUAUUUUACUCAUUUUAUACAUAGAUCUGAAGUGUGCAAUUUUGAGAACAGAUUCAGCUUUUGUCUGAAGUCCUGUGUUGUACAGUAACUGUCUAGCAUAUACUGGUCGUACGGAAGCAGACUCAUGCUGCACUAUAUGUACAUUUCCUACCGGCAUCCUCGUCAUUGGAGAAUUUAUGUAAUAUAACACGGUUUUCAACUAAUGUUUCAACUUGAAUUUCCUUGAAAUUCAGAGCAUGUAUAGCCUUAAACAUUUAAGACACCAAGCACAGUUUUCAAGGGAAGAGGUUAUAUUUGCAAGUCCUGUUUAGCACAGAAAUGGAAGAAUUAUUUUUAUAUGUCAAUCAAAGAUCAUAGAAAAUGGGUAUUAUGCAGUCGUGUUACCAACCAUGCUCCUAAUUAUAUGCUUUUAUAAAAAGCAUUUUGGCUGAACUUUUUAGACAUGAAACAUCAGUGCUCAUUUUCCUUCUUGAAUUUGCUGAUUUUGUUGUUGUGCUUUCAUUUCUGUACAGAAUCUCGGAGUCUGUGUUUUCUCUCUGCUUUCAGAAUUCUCAAGCUUCUUUUCCUAUUCUGUGCUUUUAAGUUGAAUAAGCAGUAAUUACAAUUCUUUCUUUAUUUUUUUUUUAAUUUAUUUUGAUAGUAACAUGGAGUGAAUGACUGUUUUCAACUGUUUACGUAGCUUAUUAAAUUCUUAAGACUUUGUUUAAAUCUGUCAUUAUAACACAGAUGAAGACAUUCCUUUCAUGGUGUCUCAGUCCACAGCAGGUGAAAAUGGAAUUCUGGCAAUGAGUGUGUGGAUCUGCAUAUUGGGUGUCAAAUAGCGAAUCCCUGGAAGGAUUUAUAAUUAUGUGUCACACUGUAUCUACAGCAUCUCCAGUCGUGUGAUGUCAGAUACUUCUUGUUUUCUUUAUUAUUAACUAGCAAAAAACCGACUUUUAUCAUUUUGUGCUAGUGUAUAUUAAACUUGAGGGUUUUCAAUGUGCAAGAUUAGUUAGUGUUUUCAGCAUUCUUUCUGUAAAAAAAAAA